GUCCCCAGGACACAGAACCAUGCGAUACACUGGAUUAUUUAUAUCGCUGCUUUCCUUUGUUUAUACAUGGGAGAAUCUUGAGGCAGCGAACCCAGCUUUGCCUCAUGUGAUGCGCUAUGAUGUGAUCCGACUCCGACCUCAGGCACUGAAAGAGCGAGCGAGGAGGAGCGCCCCUUCUCUCAAGACAUAUCCUGAACAACUUGAAUGUGAUUUGGCUGUAGAUGGGAGGAACUUCACACUUUCUUUGCACAAAAAUAGGGAGCUUUUAGGAAAACAUUACACCCUCUCACAUUAUACCGAAGAUGGGAUUUCAGAGACAGAGUCUUCAGACAACAUUGAUCACUGCUACUAUCAGGGACAUGUCCAUGAUUUUGAAGACUCUUCAGUCAGUGUUGGACUUUGCUCUGGAAUGGAAGGGUUUCUGAGGGUCAAAAAUCAAGUUUAUUUGAUUGAGCCCCUAGAAGAGUCUUUGGAUGGCGACCAUGCUAUUUAUAAGCAAGAGCAUUUAAGGACCAAGCAAGGGGCCUUUGGAUACAUUAAUGACACAGUCUAUAACCUUGGUCCAAAGUCUAGUGGGCUGUAUAAAGGCAAAAAUAUGAAAAACAAAGCCCCCAGAGGAGGACAGCGGAUUGUUGAGAUGGUUUUGGUCGUUGAUCAUACAGAGUACAACACGUUUGGAAGUUUUAAAAAGAUUGAAGAAAGAAUGAUGUUGGUCGCAAAUCACGUAGACAAGCUUUACCGGCCAUUAAACAUACGUGUCAGGUUGGUUGGACUUGAGAUUUGGUCUCAAAGAGACUUGAUUGAUGUCAGCCAUAUACCAAAUCUUACUCUGGAACGGUUUUUACAAUGGCGUCAGGAUAGCCUGCUCAAGAGGAAGAAACAUGACAAUGCCCAUUUUAUUACUGCUGUAGAUUUUAAAGGAUCUACAGUUGGGUUGGCUACAGUGUAUGCUAUGUGCUCUCCAUCCUCUGGUGCUGUGAAUGAGGACCAUAAUAAAAAUCCCAUUGCAGUGGCUUCUACCAUUGCCCAUGAAAUGGGGCAUAAUCUGGGCAUGUCACAUGAUGAUCCAAACUGUGGAUGCUCCUCUGGCAAGGGCUGCAUUAUGUCCGACACCAUUGGGUAUGUUUACCCUGAUUCCUUCAGUACUUGCAGUCAAUCAUCCUUAAAAGCAUUUUUGCAGAGCUAUGACACCAGCUGUUUACUAGACAUGCCAAAUGAGGGUGAACUAUAUGGAGGCCCAGUUUGUGGAAACGCUUUUGUUGAAAAAGGCGAGGAGUGUGACUGCGGAACUGCUGAGGAAUGUAACAAUCCCUGCUGCAAUGCCACAACCUGUCAACUUACCGUAGGUGCCCAUUGUGCACAUGGAGAGUGCUGCCACAAUUGCCAGCUGAAACAUUCAGGUAGCCUGUGCAGAAAGAGUGCUCACGACUGUGAUUUGGACGAGUACUGUACAGGAGUGUCAGCCUUCUGUCCCGAAGAUGAAUAUAAGAUGAAUGGACUCCCUUGUGAUUAUAAUCAGGGCUACUGUUACAAUGGACAAUGUCCAACACAUAAGGAACACUGUAAGAUGCUGUGGGGAUCAGAUGCUGAAGUGGAUGCUGACACUUGCUUUCGAUAUAAUGUAAUUGACAGAACCUCCAAGAGUGCUGAGCACAUGAUGUGUGGGAAAAUAUACUGUUAUGGUGGGAAUGCUUUCCCCAUAACCAACAGAAAAUCAUCAGUAACUAUUCAAUCGAGAACCUGCUAUAUGGCUGUGGAUUCCUCACCCACAGAUGACUUAGGGAUGGUUCCAGCAGGCACCAAAUGUGGCAUUAAUAAGGUGUGUUACAACAACCUUUGCCAAGACGUUAGUAUAUACGGCUCUGAGAACUGCUCUAAUAAAUGCAACAGUCGUGGGGUGUGUAACCAUGAGAGGAAGUGUCACUGUGAUCCAGGAUGGGCACCACCCUAUUGUGGUGUUCAAUUCUCAGAACUUCAAAAAAUGAGAAAAGAAUCUGUGAUAAUUGGAGUGACUGUAUCUGUAGUUGUUCUUGGAUUGAUCAUUAUUAUUGGAGCACUGGUCUGUCACAGGAACAAAAUAACAGAAUUUAGAAAGAAAAGGUCUUUGAAGGACAUCCACACUUCCUCAGGUCAGUGUAAUCCAGCAUUCCAACCAGGAAGUGCAAAGAACAGCCCCAGAUGCACACAACCACGCAUAAGUCAACCAACUUUCCUCGAGUCAUCCACUGCUCUGGCCUGCAAACCUCUCUAUUCUCCAGCUAUGCCCUCUAGACAAGCACCAUUGCCUCCAAAGAAUGUACCACAAACUAGGACAGAACAGAUUGUGAAACCUUCCAUCCCACCUCCUGGUAUUUCCAGAAACAUUCAUCCUGUUCAGGUGAGGCCCGGAAUGUCUUAA